CGAAAGCGUUGCAUUUACGAAUGAUAAAACGUGGAAAGUGAUUGUGACAGUAAAUUUGGUAAAACGUUGAUGGUUUAUUUCGCAUUUUGUUGACAAUUCGAAUAAUUUAGCGGAAUUUGUGAACUUAUUGCAUUCUAAUUGACACCCACUUAUUUAUCAGAUUUCAGUUUGCACUUGGGAGUAGCAUAAAAAAACAACCUGAAAAACAAACAUGGAUGUUGAUGAGGUAAAAGACAGAGAACGAGAAAGGAAUCCACGAGAUGCAACGAGACGGAAAGAAAAAUCACCAAAACGUGAAAAGCAUAAGGCUCGUCGGAGAUCAAAAAGUCGAGAAAGGAAGCGAAGUAAGAGCAAGGAACGUGACAUUCGAAGAAGUCGAAGUCGUGAACGCAGGAAAAGCCGAAGUAGAAGUAGAGAUCGAGACAAACGGAAAAGGCGUGAUCGCUCAAGGGAUAGGGACAAGAAGUCGAGAGAUGAUAAAAAGAAAGUGAAAAAUGAAAAUGAUGAAGAUGCUGAAAAUGAUAAAGGUAAAAAGGUUCCAUUAUCACUGGAGGAAUUAUUGGAGAAGAAGAAAGCAGAAGAAGCAGCUUUAAGUAAACCAAAAUUUCUUACCAAGGCUGAGCGAGUUGCCCAGGCUCUUGAAAAGCGACAGAAAGAAGUUGAAGAACAAAGAAAGCGGAUACAAGAAGAGCAAAAGAAACAAGCAGAAUUCUUGAAACACGGCAGACAAGCUAACGAGGACCAGUAUCACGAUUUCAGGGAUAGAAGGGAUUUUAGAAGGGAUUACAGACGCGAAAAAGAUGAUGCCCAGGGUGACGAUCGGUCUAAAGUUCGCCUAGACAAGGACAAGGAAAAAGAAAUCGAUGCAAUCCGUGAGCGAUACUUGGGAAUGAUAAAAAGGAAAAAGAGAAUACGGCGUCUCAAUGACAGGAAGUUUGUUUUUGAUUGGGAUGCAGGAGAUGACACGUCUAUAGACUACAACUACUUGUAUAAAGAACGUCAUUCUGUUCAGUUCUUUGGAAGAGGCCACAUUGCUGGGAUAGAUAUUAAGGCACAGAAGAAAGAUCAGUCAAAGUUCUAUGGUGAUCUGCUUGAAAAACGUAGAACUGAUGGAGAGAAAGAACAAGAGAAAAAGAGACUGAAGAAUGUUGCGAAAAAAGAGGCGAAACAGCGCUUUGAUGACCGUCAUUGGUCUGAGAAAGAGCAUGGAAAUAUGACUGAACGAGACUGGCGUAUAUUCAGGGAAGAUUACAACAUCAGCUGUAAGGGGGGUAAGAUUCCACCUCCACUGAGAAGCUGGAAAGAUCCUUGCAUUCCCAAUGACAUCAAAGAUGUGAUUGAAAGCGUUGGUUACAAAGAACCUACUCCAAUCCAGAUGCAAGCCAUUCCGAUAGGUCUUCAAAAUCGGGAUAUCAUUGGUGUUGCCGAAACAGGAAGUGGUAAAACUGCAGCAUUUCUCAUUCCAUUGCUGGUCUGGAUUCAAUCAUUGCCAAAAAUUGUUAGAAUUGAAGAUGCUGAUCAAGGCCCAUAUGCUAUUAUCUUGGCACCUACUCGCGAGUUGGCUCAACAGAUAGAGGAGGAAUCAACAAAGUUUGGCAAAGAUCUGGGCAUCAGAACCGUCACAAUCAUUGGUGGCAUUUCCCGAGAAGAUCAAGGCUUUAAACUGAGAAUGGGUUGUGAGAUCGUUAUUGCCACACCUGGACGAAUGAUUGACGUGCUAGAAAAUCGCUACCUCGUUCUCAAUCAGUGCACGUACGUUGUCAUGGACGAAGCCGACAGAAUGAUAGACAUGGGAUUUGAACCAGAGGUUCGUAAAAUCCUCGACUAUUUACCCGUGUCCAAUCAGAAACCCGAUACCGAAGAUGCCGAGGAUGAUGAGAAGAUGUUGCAGAACUUCAACACGAAACAUAAGUACAGGCAGACAGUCAUGUUCACAGCUACCAUGCCACCGGCAGUCGAGAGACUCGCCAGAACAUUCCUCCGACGCCCGACAGUCGUUUACAUCGGUAAUAUCGGUAAACCUGUCGACCGAGUAGAACAAAUAGUGUACAUGGUAACGGAACAGCAAAAGAGGAAGAAGAUACUGGAAAUUCUCAACCGUGGGAUUGAACCGCCCAUUAUUAUUUUCGUCAAUCAAAAGAAAGGUGCUGACAUUCUGGCGAAAUCUUUGGAGAAGAUGGGCUUCAAUGCGACUACACUUCAUGGCGGCAAAGGUCAGGAACAGAGAGAGUUUGCCCUGGCCAGUUUGAAGGGAGGUACGAAGGAAAUUCUCGUCGCUACCGAUGUUGCCGGUCGUGGUAUUGACAUCAAGGACGUGUCUCUGGUUGUCAAUUACGAUAUGGCUAAAUCUAUCGAAGAUUACACUCACAGAAUUGGUCGAACUGGCCGGGCUGGAAAAACGGGAAUGGCCAUUUCUUUGGUGACGCAGGAUGAUUCGCAUCUGUUUUACGAUCUCAAGCUGCUGAUGGUGGCAAGUCCGAUAUCAACAUGUCCUCCAGAGCUAGCAAACCACUCGGACGCCCAACACAAACCUGGAACAGUUGUGCAGAAGAAACGCAAAGACGAAACGCUCUUCAUUACAAAAUAAUGUAAUUAUGAAAUUUUUAGUAGUGUGAACUCGCAAAAGGUUGACUAGUACAUGUCGGAUGGAAACAUCAGUUUGAAUGAAUAAUGUAUGUAGGUUUUGAAAAGGUUUAGAAAAAAAGUAUAUAUAUGUACGUGUCGAAGAAAAGUAUAUAUUGUAUGUCAGUGUUCGAGAUUUAAAAGUUUUGGGCAGUAUCCCAGUUGGAUACUAACAUUUCAAAAUCUGGUAUCCCACCUGAGAAUUUAGUAUCCCAUUUAAAUGAAAUUCAUAAAUAACAUCGUAACACACUUGGACGACACUGUUUUUGUGCCCUGCCUAUGCUACACUGAUAUCACAAUCGAAAUAGCAGAAUUCACAAUCAAACGAAAUGGGCAAACAGAUUUGCUUCAUCCAUUUUGGUGUAAUACUGACAUAAAUUAGUAUUUAGCAGUAAUUUAUAAACCUACGUAUUGUAUAUAUUUUCUGCAGACGUGGAAUCAAUAUCUUAAAUAAAAUUUGAAGGGAGAAACAUCCAACAAAAACAACAGCAACUUGGCGGUUCCCCGUCUAUUGCUGCACUUCGUGUAAGAGAUUGUUAUGGCGUAGCAUUAGACUGGGUAUGAGCUAGAAAAUACUGUUUCUUAACUUCGCUGGCAAAUGACGACUUUUAGUUUUAACGGAAAAUAAAAACUCAGGAUUAAAAAACCCAACAUUAUAUAGUAUCCCGGCGGGAUACUGGUUUCUUGAAGACUGGUAUCCAAAAUUAAAAUCUGGUAUCCCCAGGAUAUUGGGAUACCGUUAAUCUCGAACACUGUAUGUACUUGUAACUGGCCUUUGUGCUGAAAACUGACUGAGUGUAAGUCUGCUAUUGUUCAGACAAAGCAUAUAUCCGUGGUCUGCUUUCCAAUAAAGUGAUUCUGUGGGCAGAACUUGUAUUUUUCCAUAUAUCUGCAUUUUCACAAGCAGAUUUACUAAACAAAAUUUGUGGUGGUUGAAAAAUACUUUUACACCGCUAGUAAAUACUUAGCAUUGUGACAUCACCAUGCUGAAAAUCUUAUUCAUGAAAAAUUGCUCAUUGUUAGAUUUAUUUUCUGUGCACUGAAUGCACAUGGGCAAAAUAGCAUACAUACAUGCAUGGAAAAGAUACAUUCUUAUCAAUAAACUUGCUUUAAUGGAAAGAAGACCUGAGUUAAUAGAAAAAUAUGGGAUAUUCACUAUUUAAGUCUGCAAAAUGUGCUAGGAGAUUGGAAUUUUUUUGGUUAAUAUUACAUGUGAUUUAUUUUGUUUAAGUACAUGUAUACAUACAUACAUGUGUAUGUAGCUUAUGAUUAUAUGGAAAAAUUACCAACACUGAUGAUGAAUUGAAUCAUAUUAUGUAAUUGUAUAAUGUAACUCUGUUUUUGUGAGGUAUGAUUGUGCUUACAAGUGCAUACCUAUAGAUGUUACCUCUAUCUGAGGGGUGAAAACCCCCAAAUCAGCACCCCUAAUUUGAGUAGUUUUUCUUUGUAUAAGUUGAGGAAUAUCGUUUAUCAAAGACAUCAAAUUAAUGUAUGGGGCCCUUCCAUUAAAACCAUAAAUCCAUAGAUCAAU